AUGCCCAAUUUUUCUUUGCUAAAUCCCAAAGAAAAACUCUUAGAACCUAUUCAGGAAACCUUCAAAUACUCCUAUAAAGUCUCGGUGGGCGAAAAAAUUCUAAAACUCAAGUUCAAACUAAGUAUUAAGCAAGAACAAACAGAUAUGAAUUUAAGAGAACAAACCAAUAAUGAAAUUACAAAAUUCAAAAAAUUCUCUGAAGAAACUGAGCAUCUAAAAUUGAUGGAGAUGGAAAGGAUAAAACUGAUGGAAAAAAGAUGCCUGAAGAGAAAUUUAUAUGAAGAGCAUGGAAAACAAGAAAAAAGAAAAAUUAAUAAAUUGGGACUUGGCCCUGAAAUAAAGGCCUCUAAGCAAGAAUAA